AUGGCAAGGAAGUUGCUGAAGGUUCCAUCCCUCAAGAAAAUGAUGGCUUCACCAAAAGCUGAUAAACACUCUGAUCUCGAUGCAUGCUGUACAUCCUUUGUUGCAGAGAAAGGGCAUUUCAAUGUGUACACUUCUGAGGGGAAGCGUUUUAUGGUUCCCUUGGCAUACCUACACAAUAGUAUUUUCAAGGAGCUUUUGAGGAUAUCGGAAGAGGAAUUCUGUUUGCCAUGUGAUGGCCCUAUCACAUUGCCUUGUGAUGCCGCUUCCAUGGAGUAUGUGUUAUCCUUGCUAAGAAGAGGAGUAUCUAAGGAGAUAGAGAUGCAAUUAGUUAGCUUGAUUUUCAUUUCUUGCCAAUCAACAUGCUCUAUGCUUGCUCUUGAGAACCCUCAACAAUUUAUGAAUUGUCAAGUCCGUUCUGUUGGCUAA